GUUAAGGGCAAAGAGGAUGCAUUGAUGAGUGACGAUGACGCCCAAAAGGACAACGAGGAUGCUGGAUCAUCUAUGAGCGAAAACGAUGAGGAGAAGGAGUUUUCCACAAAUCAAAUGGUGCCUGCUUAUAUGAAUGCUAUUUUGCGCCGACAAUUCCUUCAACAAAUGGUAAAGAGUCUGCCACCCAAGAUACAAGAGCGCAUUACUGUGCUGAAAAAUAUCCAAUUGGACCACCUUAAAUUGGAGGCACAAUUUUUCGAUGAAGUGUACCAGUUGGAGAAGAAAUACCAAGAGAAGUACCAAGUCUUGUUCGAAAAACGCCGCGCCAUUGUUACUGGCGAAGUAGAUCCACCAAAAGAGGAUCCAAAAUGGAAAGUGGAGCCGGAAGAAGAGAACAAUGAAGAUAUGCCCGACUUCAGCAAAUUGCUGAAGAAGGUCAAAGAUGUACCCGCCGACACAAAGGGUAUUCCCAAAUUUUGGUUAACUGUUUUCCGCAACACCGAGAUUUUGUCGGAAAUGGUACAGGAACACGAUGAACCUGUAUUGGAAAAACUGACAGACAUAACCAUUAAGUACGAUGACGAACAUUCGUACACCUUGGAGUUCCACUUCGACAAGAAUGAGUAUUUCACAAACGAAGUGUUGACCAAACAAUAUUUCCUAAAGUCAGCCCUAGACGAAGAUUAUCCAUUCGGGUUUGAGGGGCCAGAAAUCUAUAAAUGUAAGGGUUGUACCAUUAACUGGGAGAAGAAAAUGAAUUUGACCGUGAGAACCAUUAGAAAGAAGCAGAAGCAUAAGCAACGUGCUGAUGUUAGAACCAUUGUUAAAUUGGUGCCCAAUGACUCAUUCUUCAAUUUCUUUAACCCACCGGAAGUAGCCGAUGACAAAGAAGAAAUUGACGAUGAAACACAAGGCAUUUUAGCAACUGAUUUCGAGAUCGGUCACUUCUUGCGUGCAAGAAUCAUUCCUAAAGCCGUUUUGUAUUUUACCGGAGAUGUUAUCGACGAUGAAGACGAAGAUGACGACUCCUUCGAUGGCGAAGAAGAAGAGGAAGAGUCUGAUGAUGAAAAGGAGAAGCCCCGUGCCGGUGGUGGUGGCCACAAAAAGAAGCCCACACCAAAUGAAUGUCAAAAUCAAUGA